CCCUGGCAAGUGGAGCUCACAGCAGCAAGUCUUCGCAGCUUGAGGAGAUCAGAGACCUCUUCGGGAGCGCCAGGAAGAUCCUGGUUGCGUGAGGGCCGAUCUGAAUACUGAAAUCCCAGGAGUUCCAGAAAUGGAUAACAUCACUUCUUCUGAUGUGGGGAAGAACUCAUGCACUUACCAUGAAGAGUUCAAGCAAAUCCUGCUGCCAGUGGUCUACUCUGUGGUGAUGGCGCUGGGGCUGCCCUUGAACGCGGUGGUCAUUGUCCAGAUCUGGCUGUCCCGCAAGGUGCUGACCCGCAACAUGAUCUACAUGUUGAACCUGGCAGUGGCCGACUUCCUUUACGUUUUAUCCUUGCCCCUCCUUAUCUACAACUACGUCCAGAAGGACUACUGGCCCUUUGGUGACUUCAUGUGCCGCUUUGUGCGCUUCCAGUUCUACAGUAAUCUGCACGGGAGCAUCUCGUUCCUGACUUGCAUCAGCAUCCAGCGCUAUUUGGGCAUCUGCCACCCGCUGGCUGCUUGGCACAAGAAGAGGGGCCGGGGCUUCACCUGGAUUGUGUGCGGCGUGGUGUGGUUAGUUGUGGCUGCCCAGUGCGUGCCCACCUUCAUCUUUGCCUCCACCGGCACCCAGAGGAACCGUACCGUCUGCUACGACUUGAGCACACCAGAAUGCUCCGGUGACUAUUUCCCUUACGGCCUCACCUUGACCGUCACAGGAUUCCUAAUUCCCUUCAUCGUCGUCUUGGGCUGCUACUGCCGCAUGGCGGCCAUCCUGUGCCAGAAGGAUGAGCUGAUCGGGUUGGCCGUCCGUAAGAAGAAGGACAAAGCCGUCCGGAUGAUCAUCAUCGUGAUGCUGGUCUUCGCCAUCAGCUUCUUCCCUUUCCACUUGACCAAGACGAUGUACCUCAUCAUCCGCUCCAUUAAAGGGACGCCCUGCCUCACCCAGCAGACCUUUGCCAUCGUCUACAAGUGCACCCGACCUUUCGCCAGCAUGAACAGCGUCCUGGACCCCAUCCUCUUCUAUUUCACCCAACGCAAGUUCAGGGAAAGCACCCGGCAACUGUUGGACAAGGUCAGCUCCAAAUGGAAGCACAAUUCCUGAAGGAGCAUCAUUGGCAGGGUGUGAAAGCAAGUGCGCCUUUGCCUCAAGGGAAGGCAGGCGAAGGAGGGCUUUGUGGCACAUGGCACACCACCUCUCCCUCACUGCUGAAGGGCAGACAAUGCAUGGGCUCUGUGGCACAUGGUACACAACCUCUCUCACUGCUGACCAGAGGGAGAGAUUGGCCAAACAAGACUAAGACUUCAAAGCCUUGCUAGAGAGGUUGGCUUUGGAGCUCCAAGGAUUGAGUCCGGUUGCUGUGCCGAAUCCUCCGUCUGAUAGCAUCAGCACUUUCAAGAAGGAGAAUGUUACCUUGUAAAUACCGAUUCACCAGUGUGUUGUUUUCUUGUGUCGUAGCCACGGGGAAACCAUUUCAUACUGGUUUUGGAGACAGCCUUUUCUGUCUCCGGUGAGCAAGAAGCAAAGAGAACAAGAGAGGAAUGGGAAUGUGCUUGUAGUUAUGGAGGGAGCACCAAAGCUCACCAGUUGGAUGUUUGAUUCUUGAUGGCACACUCUUGGUCUGGAAGGCUGAGGAGAAACAUUCCCCUGAGGGUCCAGCUAAUGCUUGUGCAACAAACAGUAUUAUUACUACCCAACCCAGUGUCCCAGUUGUUCAGAUCCCUUGCCAAAAAUUAAUGGUGACAGAGAGACUCUAUGGAGAGACAAACUGUAAGGUUCUGCUCAAGUAGACCUCUAUUCUGUCUCCUCUACCAUCUUCUGCAAGGACUCACCUGGUUCCUGGUUGGGAGAAUGCACUUUGCAAGUCAUUUAUUGGCAGGGGAAGAGAAGAGGAGCAGCAGAGAAACAUCCAACUAUGUCCUUUUAGCCAGGCAAACAACAGAGGUACUCUGUUGAAGGUCUCCUGAAGGUCUCACCAUCAUUGUGGGCUUCUAGGUAUAGUAGGGUGGAUUUUUUUGUGUCAGAAGUGAUUUGAGAAACUGCAAGUUGCUACUGGUGUGAGAGAAUUGGCCCUCUGCAAGGACGUUGCCCAGGGACGCCUAGAUGUUUUGAUGUUUUAUCAUCCUUGUGGGAAGCUUCUCUCAUGUCCCCGCAAUGGAGAGCUGGAGCUGAUAGAGCAGUGGUUCUCAACAUGAGGUCCCCAGAUGUUUUUGGCCUACAACUCCCAGAAAUCCAAGUCAGUUUACCAGCUGUUAGGGUUUCUGGGAGUUGAAGGCCAGAAACAUCUGGGGACCCACUAAAAGCACUGUAGAGGGAGCUCAUCUGCCCUCUCCCCGGAUUCGAACCUGCAACCUGUCAGUCUUCAGUCCUGCCAGCACAAGGGCCACCGGAUGCUCUCAAAAUGUUUCAUAUCAGGAGCAACUUGGGAAACUUCAUGUCGCUUCUGGUGUGAGAGAAUUGGCUGUCUGCAAGGACAUUGCAUGGAGGACUGCAUGUCACUUCUGGUGUGAGACAAUUGGCUGUCUGCAAGGACGUUGCAUGGGGGACACCUUGAUGUUUUGAUGUUUUACCAUCCAUUUGGGAGGCUUCUCUCAUGUCCACGCAUGAGGAGCUGGAGCUGACAGAGGGAGCUCAUCUGCACUCUCCCCGGAUUCAAACCUCCAACCUGUUGGUCUUCAGUCCUGCCGUGCAAGUGUUUAGGAUGGGUAAAAUGCAGCCUUUAGGAAAUAUGAGGACGUAGCUCAGGCAUGGGCAAACUUUGGCCCUCCGGGUGUUUUGGACUUCAACUCCCACAAUACCUAACAGCCGAUAGGCUGGGUUUUUGUAGGUUUUUUCGGGUUGUAUGGCCAUAGUCUAGAGGCAUUCUCUCCUGACGUUUCGCCUGCAUCUAUGGCAAGCAUCCUCAGAGGUAGUGAGGUCUGUUGGAACUAGGAAAAUGGGUUUAUAUAUCUGUGGAAUGACCAGGGUGAGACAAAGGACUCUUGUCUGCUGGAGCUAGGUGUGAAUGUUUCAACUGACCACCUUGAUUAGCAUACAGUGGGCUGACUGUGCCUGGAGCAAACUUUUGUUGAGAGGUAAUUAAAUGUUCCAGCCUGCUGUUAGGAAUUGUGGGAGUUGAAGUCCAAAACACCCGGAGGACCAAAGUUUGCCCAUGCCUGACAUAGCUGGACAUUUCUACUCUGCUCAUGCUCUUGACUGACCACUAGAUGUCCCUGCUGGGAUGCUUCAAUACUAUAUUCCAAGGGAUUGGAGAAAGUUGCACAAAGGAGCUGGUAAGAUUCUCCUUUGUCAGCUGGUCAGAAAAGACAUAUGCUGGCGUAUGUCGCAAAGAGUAGGUGGACAGAUCCAAUCUUCAACAUACCUACAGGCUGCUCAGAAAGAGUGGCUUGCCCAUGGCAGCAAAGGCCAUGAAAACAAUACAGCACUUCUGUUUUACACAUUGCUACUUAUUUAGAAAGUUGUGUACUUAGUGCAUGUGCAUAUAUGUCUCGGAAGAGACCCUGUUCAAUGCAGUCAGUGCAAGGGGUUGAACUGGAUGUCCCAUGCAACGUCUUCCCUGAGUCUUUGAUUCGUAUUAUUAUUAUUAUUAUUAUUAUUAUUAUUAUUAUUAUUAUUAUUUGUCGUGUCAGGAGCGACCUGAGAAACUGCAAGUCGCUUCUGGUGUGAGAGAAUUGGCCGCCUGCAAGGACGUUGCCCAGGGGAUGCCCGGAUGAUUCGAUGUUUUGUCAUCCUUGUGGGAGGCUUCUCUCAUGUCCCCGCAUGAGGAGCUGGAGCUGAUAGAGGGAGCUCAUCCGCCUCUCCCUGGAUUCGAAUCUGCGACCUGUCGGUCUUCAGUCCUGCCGGCACAGGGGUUUAACCCACUGCGCCACCGG